AGGCCUGGAGGUGUGGCUCAGUGGUUAAGAGCCCCUUGGGUUCAAUCUCUAGUAUGAAAAAAAAAAGUAUAUUAAUAUAUGAAUAUAUUCUCCUUAUAGAAAAGUUAAAUAUAACAGAUAAGACUAAAGUCUCAUUGAUCAAUACUUUUCAUAUUCCACUGCCUUCUUCCCCUAUUCAGACUUAAUUACUGUCAUCAGUUUUCUAAAAGCCCUGAUGUAACUUUUUCUGUGCACUUACAUAUAUAUGUGAAAAUACGUAUGUAUAUUUAUAUAUGGAAUUUCAUAUAUAGCACAUGUAUAAAUUUAUAUUAAUAUUCAUUUAGUUUAUUUUUCACAACUGUCUGUGAUGAUCAACAAUCCAUAAUUACUAAAUAAAUCUUACUAAUAACCUGACUAGAACAGGAAGUAAAAGGUCAAACAUUUGAAAACAUAUCAUGUGUCCAGCUUGCAAAAUUCCAUUCCAUAUCUGUUUUGCAUAUAGUUCCCAGGUAUCAUUGGACAGGUCAUGGCUCCACGCUUACGGCGACGGAGGCACAAGAAAUCCCCAACAGUGGCUCCUGUGGUUGUGAUCCCUCCCACAGUUGUGACUCCUUUGCCUCUGACUCUCUCAAAACCUGGCCCUAGCAUUGAUGCACAUGGCUUCUUCUCCUUGGACAGUAAUGUUCCUGGUCUGUCCCAGUUGAUCCUUCAAAAGCUGAACAUGAAAAGUUAUGAAGAAUACAAGUUGGUGAUAGAUGGGGGUAUCCCUGUAUCAGGCUUUGGAUUUCAAUGUCCUCAAGAAAUGUUCCAGAGGAUGGAGGACACAUUCCGAUUCUGUGCUCACUGUAGAGCUCUCCCUAGUGACCUUUCAGACUCCAAAGUUCUUCGGCACUGUAAGAGGUGCAGAAAUGUCUAUUACUGUGGCCCAGAGUGCCAGAGGUCAGAUUGGCCAGUACACAGGAAGGUUUGUCAAGAGCUUCGUCUUGUGGCUGUGGAUCGUCUCAUGGAAUGGCUUGUGGUCACAGGUGAUUUUGUCCUACCCUCAGGACCUUGGCCAUGGCCGGCUGAAGUUGUACAGGACUGGAAUACCUGGUUUUCUAUGAGGGAGUUGCAGAUAGAUGCUACACUGAAUGCUAUACUAGGCAGUCAUGCUAUGACCUCCUUAUGGGCCAGUGUAGGAAGGCCGAGGCCAGACCCAGAUGACUUGAAGGGCUCUUUGAGGCGACUCCUGACAGAUGUUCUGUCACGGCCUUUGACUCUGGGCCUAGGGUUUAGGGUCCUAGGGAUAGAUGUUUGGAAGACUGGAGGAAGUGCAGUGCAUGUGAUUGGUGCAUCCCAUGUGGAGACAUUUCUCACUCGUUCUGGGGACUAUGAUGAGCUUGGCUAUAUGUUUUCUGGACACCUUGGCCUCCAUGUGAUCAUGGUGGGUGUAGAUGUGUCUGCUGACUUUUUACACAGCACCUCAUCUUCACCUCUGGAACCUGGCACAAUUCAGCUUAGUGGCCACAGGAGCCUCUAUCAUGACUUCUGGGAAGAGCAGAUAGAGACUGGGAAGAUAGCCUAUCCAGAUAUGGUGGUGGCAUUCCAUCCAGGUUUCCAUGCAUCCCUGAACUUGAUGGAAGCUUGGCUGCCUACCCUGCUGCUACUUCGUGACUAUAAGAUCCCUACAUUGAUUACUGUUUACAGCCAUCAGGAAUUGACAGCCUCUUUGCAGAUUUUGGUGAAACUUGAUAUACACGUCAUUGCAUAUGGAGCUAACCCUUUCACAUCCCUCAAACCUGAACAGGUCUAUUCCAACCCCAACAAGCAGCCAGUGUACUGCAGUGCCUACUACAUCAUGUUUCUUGGAAGCUCCUGCCCGCUAGAGAGACAAUUAGAAGAGAAAGUGGAUGGUGUGGCUUAAAUAGCUGAGCCAAAUCCUAACUGGACAUCUGGAAAGUAGGGAAGUUGUAAUGAAAUUACCUUGAUGAUGCCAAAUUAUUGCCAACUUUAAAACAUACUGUAUUCUAAGCCCUAUUCACUGCCUAGGUACAGAUUGUAGACUGAAUAAGAGCUCUACUAUUUAUCUAACAGUUUAGGCUAGAAAAUGGAGAUGUCAAUGACUUGAAAGUCAUGUAAGAAUGGGAAAGUUGGGCUGGGGAUGUGGCUCAAGCGGUAGCGUGCUCACCUGGCAUGCAUGCGGCCUGGGUUCGAUCCUCAGCACCACAUAUAAACAAAGAUGUUGUGUCUGCCGAAAACUAAAAAAUAAAUAUUAAAAAAAAUUCUCUUUCUCUCUCUCUUUAAAAAAUAAAUAAAUAAAUAAAUAAAUAAAUAAAAAUAUAUAUAUAAAAGAAUGGGAAAGUCAGGGAAGUUAUUGGGAACAUGGGGAAAGCUUAAGGAUUGGUAUACUGUCCUAUUUCUUAUUUUUGUUUGUUUGUUUGUUUGUUUUCAUCUAGAGAAAUGUUUCAUUUUCCUAUUGUCUUUUCAGGAACUCUGACACUAGAGUGGCCCUCAUAUUGUAGUCUAGAUAUCAGUCUUUACCUGAAUAUAUUGGAGUUGUUAUCUCUUUUUAUACCACAGUUAACUCAUUUGGGGGCUUUUUUUUUUUUUAAGUGACAUGGAGUCUCUCUCUGUUGUCCAGGCUGACUCUGAAUUCCGAGGUUUAAGUGAUCCUCUUACCUCAGCUUUGCAAGUAUCUGGGUAUAUGGGUACUUACCACCAUACCUGGCUACCUUGGGGCU